UGUGUGCGUCAAAUAACUCGCAUCACACGGUUAUUCGUUCUUCUGCUCUCUUUCAGUCGCAUUUUGCAGUCAAAAUGGAUUCCUAAAUUUUCACAAUGUAUUACAGAGUUAAUAAUUUUGACUCGAUACUGUCCUAAAAUCAGUUAUUUUUACACAAAUCCACUACAAACGUCAUUAUCAACAAACGUGAUAUAUUUUGGUUUAUGUGGUUUCGGUGAGUAGAAAUUUAUAGGAUUGUUCUUGGAAAACGAAUCUACGUUGUAAAAGUGACGCUAUUAAGAUAGCAUAAGUUAGUGAAAAUGAGCUCUGAUGAAGAUUAUGUGCCGGAACCGGUGAAGAGGAAGCGAGGAAGGCCAUCAAAGAUGGACCAAGAACUGGUAACAACAAAAAUAUCUGACGACGAAUUGGACGGUAUGCAUUAUGCUUGCAGUGUUUGUGAUCAAGUGUUCCUGCAUAAAUCCAACUAUAUGAAACACCAACGACGACAUGAGCCGCCUGGAGGAUUUAUUUGUUCACUGUGCCAACAGCCAUUUACCACAGAUUGGGAUCGGAACCAGCACAAACGUAAUGAGCACAGUGUUUUCCGCUGCCGGCUGUGCAAGAAGGAGUUCCCGGUGGAAGAUGACUACAAUAACCACGUUCAGAGCGAGCAUGAUGGAAGAGACCGGGAGUACGAUGUGUGCCCUUCCUGUGGACAGCAGUUUCGUUCGGUGGCUCAGCUAAAAGUUCACAUCGCGUCCAAGUGUGGCGAAGACAAGAAACAUGAAUGUAACAUCUGCCAAUCACGUUAUUUGACCCAAGCUUCUUUGAAUGCUCACAUGAUUAAACAUAACGGCGAAAAGAGUCAUCUCUGCAAUUACUGUGGAGUAAGUUUCCUCAACAAAGGUCAACUAAAAGUUCACGAAAGGAUGCAUACUGGUGAAAAACCUUACAAGUGUAAUCAAUGUGAUAAAGCAUUUGCUCACAGAGAAAGUUUAAUCACCCAUUCAACGACCCACAGUGGAAUCAAGCCAUACUAUUGCAGUCACUGUGAAAGUCGUUUUUCUUGUAUCGGGAAUUUACUCAAACACCGCAGAGCAAGACCGGAUACUUGUGGCCUUCCGCAAUAUUGCCAAAACAAUAAAAUCGUUGCUCGACCGAACAUAAAAACUAUGCCGAAUCUCACCGAUCGGCAGGUGUACAACCAGAAGGUUGUACAGCGGUCCGGUCCAACGCGUGAACGAAAACCAAAACUAGAAACCAUUGAAGUUGAUCAUGUGUCACCGAAAAAACGUGUCGGAAGGAAAGCACCGAAACCAAAAGUUCCGUUUGAAGAUUUGCCGGAUAAUAGUAGCAGGUCGGCAGAUGAGGUGUCAGAAGAAGAGAAACCAAUUUCUACGGAGCUGCAAGGCACUGAUGAGGCAAAAACGAAUAAAAGUUCAUUUCAGCACAACUAUUCCAAACUAGUGACGUUGAAAGUUGAACCUGGUGGCAUAAGUUAUCCUAUGGAUACUAAAGUUGAUACUCCGUGCAACAACCUGCUGGAAGCUACCGAGAUGAUUGAAAUUGUUGAAGUGAAAGUCGAAGAUGACGAAGAAAAUUUCAUAGUAGAAGGAAUCGAGGAGAAUUCGGCUGGAGAAACUAUUGUCUGCGAGGAGAUUCUGUCGGAAACAGUUGAUUUCGAGAGUUAUGACAAAAAAGACUCCCAUGAUGAAUACUAUGAUGAUGAAUACACGACCCAUGUUUACGAAGAAGAGGUCAAGACAGAGGAAGCUAACGAACCAACGAAGGAACAGAAGUUGCUCUUCGCAAAAAAAGAAUUUGACAGAGAACUUGCGGCCAGUCUUUACGACGAUUCUGAUGAUAUGGAAGCCACGGCGAAACAUAACGAGAAGGUGAAAGUAAAAAAGGUUUUCACCGAAAAACCACCGGUUGUAGUAGUGAAUAGGCGGAGGGGCAGACCGAGAAGACCUUUCAUACCGAAAAAACUACCAAAAGAUGCGAUUAUUGUGGACAUCGCCCAGGAGAAGCGGUUAUUGAAGGCUCAGCGUGAAAUUUUCGACGAAAGCGUAAAGCAGAUCACGAUCGAUUGCUACCGUUGCGUGCACUGUCCGUCGCAGUACACCACUGAGUAUCUUAUCGGUCGUCAUUUGGAACGAUCACAUUCGAUCGUGCUUCGAAGCUUGCUGGAAACGUUGCAGUACAGUCGAGUAUGGACAAAGGAUAGAAAGUACAAGUGCCGAUACUGCGAUCGAUUGUACGCCAAUGAGAGAGCUCUGGAGAAACACAUCCCACUUCAUGGACCGAAUGGAACCUUAAACCAUAAAUGCCCCUGCUGUGUAACUUUCUAUAACUCCGAAGAAGAAGCUUUGGAGCACGCGUAUGUAGAGCAUCCUCAUCGUAUGGAAUGUCAUAUUUGCGAUAAAAGAUUUCGUGAACCGGAAUCACAAGCAACUCACAUGAAAAAUUUUCAUGUGGAAAAAACGUACCAGAGAUACAGUUAUGUAUGCCCAAAAUGUGGAAAAAAUUUCAGUUCCCGAAACGCAGUAAGCGACCACGAGCGAGCCAAUUGUGGCCAAGAUCCAAUUUACAAAUGCGAAAUUUGCGAGAAAAGCUUACAUAGCGCAUCAUCGCUUAAACAUCAUUAUACUAUACAUACUGAUGAAUACCCUCACUCUUGCCAGUAUUGCGGCAAGAGCUACCGAACUUACGGGCAAGUGAAAGUUCACGAACGAACACAUACUGGAGAGAAACCCUUCGUUUGUCAGUAUUGUUCGAAAGGUUUCGGUCAUCGUGAAUCUUACCAUACGCAUCUUUCACUGCACACUGGUAUCAAGCGUUAUAUGUGCUCGGGAUGCGGUUUGAGAUUCAGCUGCGUUUCAAACCUCCAGGCACACAAAAGGUCUCACAAAACAACAUGCGCGUUGGUGCCAAAUGUUUCAAAAAUUGUCAGCGGCGGUUAUCACGAGUUGCCUGAAGGCUAUGUACUACCAUACCCGAGGAAUGAUGCUUCAGAAUAGAAUAAGCCACCUGUUUUUUUAUGUUGAGAUGUACACAUUGAUGCGCAUGAGUAAUUAUUUUUUUCAAUUAGCUUAAGCUUAAUAUUACCGAUACAAAUAAACAUUACAAUAGAU